CAGCGGUGUCCUUUUAGUGUUUUCCUUCAAAUUAUUUCUUCUUCGAACCCUCCUUCGUUUCUUCGACUCUGCUCACUGGCAACGCCCUAGCAUCCCUCCUCUGCACGUCAGCCACCGGCCUGCAGCUUACAUCCCGAAGUCCCAAUUCUCGCCACUCGAAGCCUCACAGUGAAGUUUGAUCAAACAAAACCUAGUAUUGAAUUGAAGUCAAAAGCUACUCUAAUCUUUUAAGUCCCGGUUGUCAUGGAUCCGGAUGCCGCACGGACGGCUAGGGAGUCACUGGACCUGACAUUUCAUAUGUCGAACCUUCUUGACACGGGGCUCGACCGCCAUACCCUCUCUGUCCUCAUUGCUCUCUGCGACCUGGGUCUCAACCCUGAGGCACUCGCUGCGCUCGUCAAAGAACUCCGACGAGAGCCCCACGCCUCUUCCCUGCCCGCAACAUCUACUGCUCCAUCACGUCUUUCCUGAUAUGGUUUGUUCGUGGUCCCACUUGGAUGUCAAAAGUUAAAAGCUAAACUUUGGAUGGAAAAUGCGGUCUUCCUUUAUGUCUAGUAAGUUCAGUUCGAAUAUGCUGAGGCCAUGCAUGAUUAUUAUUCAUGGAAGUAGAAGUAGAAUUAUUAUUCAUGAUUAUUAUUCAGGUUGUUGGUUUUUAUUCAAAGUAUGCACCCACUUGUGGUGGUCAUGAUAGCAGCUAUUCUUGGGACUUGUCAUUGGGGUAGUCUGUUGUUUGAAUGAUUUUGUGAAACUCUUGGCAGUCUAAUUCUUGGCUUGUGGAAGUGUUCACGAUUA